AUUUACAUUAACCUAUGGAUAAAUUAGAGAUUUAUACACUAGAAUAGAGGCGACUAGGGGUAGACUGGCCAAGAGGGAUCCCUAAGUCCUAGGGACUCUGGCUAUGGGGACCCAUAAAUAAACAAGUACCGUAUAGAAUGCGGUACUGGGACACCAAAUAUGACUUCUGGUACCUUACUCUACAAGUUCCGCUCUGCAUCUCCUGGCAAAUGUGUCAGUCCAGCUGCAUAUAAAUCACUGACUUUGCAUGAUUCAGGUGCACAGCACCCAAAAGCGAUAUACUAUUUCUUCACAAGAGCAAGUUGCUGCUUAAAAACUGAGAUAAAUUCAAGAAGAGGAAAGAAUGUUAGUUUCUAAUGUUUUACAACAGUGAGAGAAAUAGUGACACAGAAGACUGUGUCACCAAAAACAAAUAAAAUAUUACAAAGGCAUAAGAGGAAGAUUUAAAGACAAAACAGGACAAGACAUUCAAUGACAAACUUCGUAAAGUCCUAUCUUCACAUGUCCAUCGGGUAGGAGUGAUACUGACGGAUGUUGAGGACAUAUAUGGAGGUCAACCACAUGAAAGAAAAUGUCUCCAAUUUCGUUUAAAAGAAGAUUAUAAGCACAAAAGAAAACAAUCAGAAUCAAAGACUAUUCCGGAAUACACAAAGAAAAGGGAUCGGAUCAAAAAUAAAGUGCCUAAUGUUGGUUCAGAAAAGACUAUGAAGAGGAGAAGGAAAGAAGAAAAAAUAGAGAAGAAGACACGUGAAAUAAAAGCUUCUACAGAUCUUGCACUUUUUUUUAAAAUUUUGAAGAGUGAAGGCGAGAACAGGGACUCUGCAUCUCCAGGAGGCCUGGGUGACUCCUUGACUAAAUGAUUUUAAAAAAUGGCGGCUGAAAGUCAAAGUCAGGAGUCUAAGUAGCUGGCAUAGGAAAAGGGGCAGAAAACAGAGAUGCACUACAAAACGUUUUAGAUAUUCUAGGAGUGUUCUGGAAAAUUCUGAUACUUUUGCAGGUGAAGGCUACCUCAUGAGAAGAGUCAGGUUGAGAUAUUCACAAUGUCACACUUAUGUGUGUCCUCAGAGCUCCCAUAAUGCAAUGCUGCUCUCUGGCAAUGUCAAGUCCAUGUGUCACGGUGAAGCUGUGGUGAAAAUGCUGCAAAAGCUGUGGACAGAGAACCAGUCCUGGUAGAAGCUGAUGUCCCUCAGAAGCCAACGCGGCUUAUCGCAUUGUAAUUACGUUAAAUAACCAUUGGAGGGCAGUAUGAUGUGGCAGGUGGGAGGGAGCUUUCUAGGACGGGAAAUGCAGAACCAUGUAAUGUGUCAGCACAAGAGGCGAGUGAUCAGAUGUACGGGGCCGCAGACAAGACAUGAGACUCCUGUGCUUAAGACUUUGCCUAUAUGUCUUACUCCCCAAAGAGAGCACCAGCUUAACCUCUGACCCGCAGCUUGACCAAUGGGCUUUAGUCCAGCCCCCCACUAUAUAAAGGGGCGGCCAUUACAAUUCACUCUCUUCUCUUACCAUCUGCUACUGAGCACAGCAACAACCAGAGAUCUCAGUGCAAGUGAUCAGCGUCUGGAAGACCACAAAAGCUACAGUCAUUCCUGUCUUGUGGCACCAGCUGUAGUUGUGACUGGAAGACUGAAUGGCAGAGUCACGUUACCUUGCACAUAUUCCAAUACGGCAACCACAAUGUGUUGGGGACUAGGCCGCUGUCCAGAUAAUAAGUGUAAUGAUGAGAUCAUCUGGACCGAUGGCCACAAAGUGACCUGGAGGAAAUCUGACAGAUACCAGUUACUGGGGAACAUCGGUCAGGGGGACGUGUCCCUGACCAUCACCAGGGCCACUAAAAAAGAUGAAGGAACCUACUGCUGCCGUGUGGAGAUCCCUGGAUGGUUCAAUGAUUUGAAAGUAGAACAUACGGUACAGAUAACGGAGGCAGCAUCUACAAUACCUUCUGCACCCACCACUCAGUCAUUUACCACUAUUUAUGCCACAGACCUUGACCCCUCUUAUAUAAGCCCAAAGGCGACCUCGGCUGACCCUGCUCUGACCACUCCGCGGACAGAAAGUCAGAACAUCGAAACAGAAAAAAACGAAGACAACAAACUUCCUCAUAUUAUCGCGAGUGUUGUCAUCUUAAGCAUUGCCCUGAUUUCGGCGGCUGCACUAAUAUUUCGUUACCGACAUUGCAUAAGGAAAACUAAAGACUCAACGAGGUGUUUGCCCAUCAUAUCCCUGGAGGGACUGGAAAGAACAGAGGAUCAAACUGAACAAAAUAUUUAUACAAUAAGUUAAUUAUCCUGAAUCGAUAUAUAUGUGGACACAAUGAUUAUUAUAGGACAUCUGUACAUAGCAUUUUUUACAAAGCUACUGGUAUACACAUCGCUGUCUGUCCCGGGAACCCAGCAGCGUGUACCGCCCUGUCAUAUCUAACAAGUGCCUGCAGUUCCACUGUCUACACAGCAGGGGGUCAAGAUUAAACUCAUAGACAGCCAUCAUUCUGCUGAAUCCUGCUCUGCCACACACAGUCCCUGAUGGUCAGGGGGCAUAGAUUCACUAUCGUGGCUACGGAAUAACUAGCUGGACCGUUAUUUGAUUUGGGAAGUGCAUUUAUGCAAGAAGAACUUCAGGUGGCAGUCAUACAUAUGUAUAUUAUAAUAUAAAUAAAUAUUACACUUUGUCAUGCAUUAUCUUCAUCUCAUCUCUGUUCCACAUUCAUCUAGGUUGUGGGGUGCAGCAUUAGUAGCAUAGAAUACAAUAGUGAGUGUCUCUAGCUUUGGAGGACCCAUCACAACUGAUUUCAAUAGGCACUGUGCAAUACUCCAUUUGUCCUGUGGUGGCGCAGCAGGGAAUUUAAGCACUUGUUGCUGAGUCCUAGUCGCAUAACACUGUGUAAUCAUGUUACUGUAAAAGUUCCCUUUGAAUA